GAAUAAAUUUGCUGUUCAGAUGAUAGCUUAACUUUUACGCAUCAACCAAUUUGGUAACAAUGGCUUUUAGACAGCGAAUACCAAGAUUUUUUACCAAAAUAUUCAGAAAGCAAGGAAUUGUAGCAUCAGAUUAUUCAUCAGGCAAAAAUGGUGAAAAUUCUAGCUAUUGGAAGUCACUGAAAUGGUUUAGUAUUCCUGCAAGUGUCGGUUUUACAUACAUAGCCUAUUUACAGUUUCGGCAUAUUCAGGAAAGAGAGAGGAGGAAUAUGGCACAAGGCGCUCCACAAACUCGAGUCUUGGAAGAGUGGCAGGUGAAUGCACUAAAGAAGCUCCCAACAAGGGUAUUAUCUCGUUGGUGGGGAUAUUUAUCUCAUCUUAAAGUUCCAGUAUGGUUAAGAAAGCCUAUAUUUGGUCUCUAUGUCAAAUUAUAUGAUUGUAAUAUGGAUGAAUCAAUGAUAGAAGAUCUGAAGCAGUUUCCAACAUUCAGUGAAUUUUUUAAAAGAAAACUAAGACCUGAUGCCCGUUCAGUGAACCAACAUAGUGAUAUUGUAAGCCCUGUAGAUGGCAGAGUUUUGUACUUUGGUGAAAUAGAUCCAUCAUAUAACAUGGAACAAGUGAAAGGGGUUGCAUAUUCUUUAGUAUCAUUUUGUGGUCCAAAACAUCCUCUUGUUAAAGAGAUAAUAAGAAACAAAGAACAACUUCAAAAACAAAAAUCUGAACAUGAACAUGUAGAAAUCACUGAUAAGACUGUUGAGGAAGAUUCAACACUAGGAAGCAUUUCAUCACCCACUACUCUAGAUAAAACCGGCAAAGUCAAGGGAAAUGAAAGUGUGAAAAAGAAACUCUAUUACUGUAUCAUGUAUCUGGCUCCAGGAGAUUACCAUUGGUUUCAUUCUCCAGCUGACUGGGUCAUAGAACACAGAAGGCACAUACCUGGUCAUCUUUUCUCUGUAAGUCCUACUGCAAUGCAAUCAGUGGCUGGUUUGUUUAAUUUCAAUGAAAGAGUCCUUCUGUAUGGACAUUGGAAUCAUGGCCAGUUUCUCAUGGCUGCAAUUGGAGCCUAUAAUGUUGGGUCCAUUCAUUUACCCUUUGCAGUAGAAAAGAACUUCAAAACAAAUGCUGGUAGACUAGAGAUGGCCUACAAUGAUAGACUUUAUGGUGCAGCUGGCUUCACAUUUCAACGUGGUGAGCCACUUGGUGGCUUUGAUCUAGGUUCCUCCAUAGUUUUGAUAUUCAGUGCACCUGGUGACAUGAAAUUUCACAUUGAUGUAGGACAAAAAAUCAAAUAUGGUGAGCCUGUUGCCACUUUUCAGUUUGCUGAUGCUGGCAGAGAAAGAGCAAACAAGGACCACUAAAACUCAAGCAAAUGAUUAUAAGUACAAUUGCUUGUGAUAAAAUUUUGUUCUGUAUUAAAUAUAUGAAUUGGUAUGCUUAAGAUAAAAUAGAUGA